AUGGUCUAUCAAGAUCACCCUACGAAGUUCGUAAUUCUUAGACCGUUAACUCAUAAACGGGCUGAAGAAGUAGCCUACGUGUUAAUUGAUAUUUUUACAACAUUUGGAGCCCCGGCAAUUUUGCAAAGUGAUAUGGAAGGGAAUUCGCCAAUAAAGUUAUUAUUGAGUUGUGUAGUAUGUGGGAAGAACUUAAGAUUGUCCACGGAAAGCCUAGACACUCACAAAGUCAAGGGUCUGUUGAAAGGGCCAACCAAGAUAUUCAAAAUAUUCUCGCAACAUGGUUAG